UUCCCGCGCGUUAUAGGCCUAGGUAUAAUCCGCUAGGGGUCGCGGCAGCUACUAGAGGCAUAUCAACACAGCAGAUCGGCGUGGUUCUAAGUCUUUGUUCUCGCCCAGACGAUUGAAAGAGGUUGUUGUGCCCACCAGACUACAGUUAUGGCACUGAAAAGGAAACUAGAGGAUGAAUGUGGUGAUUUUAUAGCUGGGUCAGAAGACCAGGAACAGCAGGACAGAGAAACAGCAGCUGCAACAGAGGCGGAUGCUCUAGCUAAGAAAAACCAAGGAAGUCAUAAAAAGACAUACAUACCUACAGGGAAGCCUCGUGGCCGACCAAGAACCAUAGCACUGGAAAGUGGAGCAAGCAGUGAAGGACCUAGAAAGCAAGGAAGGCCGUCAUUAGCAUCGAAAAGUGGAACAGAAAACACUGUAGACACUACUCUGUCAGACUCACCAAAAAAGCGAGGAAGACCAUCUUUGGCAUCUAAAAGUGAAACAGUUGGCCGUACUUUGUCAGCCUCGCCGAAAAAACGAGGAAGACCAUCAUUAGCAUCGAAAAGUGGAACAGAAAACACUGUAGACACUACUCUGUCAGACUCACCAAAAAAGCGAGGAAGACCAUCUUUGGCAUCUAAAAGUGAAACAGUUGGCCGUACUUUGUCAGCCUCGCCGGAAAAACGAGGAAGACCAUCAUUAGCAUCGAAAAGUGGAACAGAAAACACUGUAGACACUACUCUGUCCGACUCACCAAAAAAGCGAGGAAGACCAUCUUUGGCAUCUAAAAGUGAAACAGUUGGCCGUACUUUGUCAGCCUCGCCGAAAAAACGAGGAAGACCAUCAUUAGCAUCGAAAAGUGGAACAGAAAACGCUGUAGACACGACUCUGUCAGACUCACCGAAAAAACGAGGAAGGCCGUCUUUAGCAUCUAAAAGUGGAAGUGAUACCAAUGGUGUUCAGACGCCAGAACAACCAAGAAAGCGAGGAAGACCAGUUGAAUCAAGCAAGAAGGGAGGAGCAAUUAAAGCUGCCACAGGAAAGCCAAGAGAUCGAGGUCGGCCAUCAAAAAGUGCCAAAGCACGACCUCUAUAUAUCCCUACAGGAAAGCCGAGAGGUCGACCACCAUUGGGAGAAAAUGGUGCCAGAAAGACACCAUAUGUUCCCACCGGAAAGCCGAGAGGUCGGCGACCAUUAGGAGAAAAUGGUGCCAGACUGACACCAUAUGUUCCCACAGGAAAGCCGAGAGGUCGACCACCAUUAGGUGAAAAUGGUGCUAGAAAAACAUGCCCCUAUGUCCCCACGGGAAAGCCAAGAGGUCGACCACGAUACGAAGAUGGUGUUGCCAAAGUACAACCCUAUGUCCCCACAGGAAAGCCGAGAGGUCGACCACCAUUGGGUGAAAAUGGUCAGCCCAAAAUACCAUAUGUCCCCACGGGAAAGCCAAGAGGUCGGCCGCGAUUAGGACACCGUGUUAAAACUCCAAAUAAACUGACAGGGAAAGCCAGGGGUCGACCAAAAGCAGACCAAUCAAUAUUAGUUGUAAAUAUAGAAACAGAAUCCAAUACUGAUGAAGAAUCAGAUGUAGUAAAAGUCAAGUAGAACAGAAGAAUCCACCUUCAAAUCCUUGAACCUUUCUAUCGUCGUGAAGUAUCCGAACACGUCCGUGAACAGUCUUGCUUGAACAGUGUUAUUAUCAACACGAAUAGUUGUGCAAUUAUAUAGAGGAAAAUGACUUCAGUACACAUCCUACGUGGUGCCAGAUAUGUACCACACACAAUAUAAGAGGAAUGAGACUUUCGUCUCUGAUUGGUGCCCGAUAUACCACACACAAUAAAUAAGAGGAAUGAGACUUUCGUCUCGGCAACGACAUUGUGAUCUUUCCUUUUUAAUUGUCAUUCUCCAACAUAUUAGAUGGAAGAAAUUGUGAACAAUUUUUUGAAAUAUGUUUUUAUAAACUUGUUUUAUACCCGCAGUCAAAGUGAUCAUGUCAUUUUAUAAACUACUCAUUAACAAUAGGAAAUAACUACCCAUUAUGUAUGUAGGACCAGGAAAGAAAACUGUAAAAAUGGCCUCAGUGUUCAUAUUUCAUACUGUACAUUUUUUAUUCAAUCAGUCAUUGUUUUUCAUCAAAAUACCUUGCAUGUAAAAUAUGUUUAGUUUAUUGUUUUCCUAUAGUUAGUCUUAGUUUUAGAAAGAUUGUAGAGGGGGAGUCUUGGUAGUACUGAUAGUAUGUUGCUUCCUUAUCUAUUCUGAAGCUUCCUUUUAAAGAAUAUCACGUUUUUGUAUUAAAGAAAAUAUUUUAAACCUGAGAGAUUUUAUAUUUCAUUGAUCUGGCCAUAUAAAGUGGCUUUAUUUGGCAGCAUUCAAUUGUUUCAGUAUGUGUGGUAGUGCAAUGUUUACGUAGAGUGUAGUGUAUCUUGCGAAAGGAUAUUGAGGCAUUCGAUUUUCUUAAUGUUGUUUUAAAAACAAUCAUGUGGUUUGUUAAAGUGUAUUGAUUGAAUGUGGUAUUAGACAGUGGACAUUUUAUAUUAUUAAAGAAGAAUGGUAGUUCAUUUUUCAUCGCAAAGGUGGGAUAAUUGCAGUCCAUCAGUCAUUCAUGAUCGCUGUAUUGUAAACGCUCUUGUUGUGCAAUAUUGAACGGUAUCAUUUUGGUAAAAAAACGUUUUAUGAAAUAAAGAAAUGAAUAGAAUUAAUUCAUCAACAUAUUCACGUGUAACUACCAACCUUAUAUAUAUAUAUAUAUAUAUUCAUUAUUUCCUAUUUUACCAAAUUAAUGCUAAAUACAUAAAUAAUAAAUUAUGUGAAUCCCUGCAGAUAAAACUGCUUUAUAUACAUGUUUUGUGUUGCAUGAUUGUAAUUAUUUUGUUAUUUCAUUCGUUGAUUAAUUCAUUAGUUGGUUGCCAUUUUGUGGGCUUUGAAGAAGGAACAUUAUUUUUAUGCAUUUUCUUUAAAGAAAGCAGCUUCUUAAUGGAUCAUUGAUUUUAGACCCAUAUGUUUAUGUUGGGUAAAUUUGAAUUGCAUCAACACAUGUAAAACGUCUAUAACUCGCUGGUUCUAUAGAUCUAGUAUCAACUGAAUCAUGUUCCUACUAGGCAUAUGUCUGGAUUCGUUUUUGAUUCUCAGGUCUGCAAUCCGUUUUUGAUUCUCUGAAAAAUUAUCAGUGGAGUCAUGUCAUUCUCCAAUUCUGUUUGAUUUUCUGAAAAUCAUCAGCUUAUUCAUGUCCGUAGGACUGCAAUUCAUUUUGGAAUCUCUGAUUUUCUGCUGAAUCAUUUAUCGAUAACUGUUUUCAGCUUGAGUUGCUGGGGAACUGUAUGUUUUAAAAUGUUUUAAAAUUGAGACAAAUAAACGUAACAUUUAAAAGUAA